CAAAUGUUAGAGGUUUCAGCUUUGAUGUUCUUUUACACCCACUGCCAAUUAAAGCCAAAGUCAUGUGCAUUAUUUUUGCCUUUAGCAGGGGAGGGGAAAACAUUUCAUGGAGUUUCAACUUGGAAAAUGUGUAGUACUUUCCAGAAAAUUCAUGGAAGCUUUGAAUACUUAAUUGAGCUGCUGAAAAUAGUGAUAGGAGCUUCUUGGAAGCGAAGAUGAGGAGCCAGGGGCCACAAGUGUUUAUAAAGAAAAGAAUUAGAGAACUUAAAAUUAGUAAAAAUGAACCCUAGGAGAAACACUAUGUCCAGUGCUCAUGCUCUUUUCUUUCACCUACAGGUUAACCCUCUUUAGUCCUGCACUCUCUGACCAGCAACAUCCAUAAUCCAGCAUGAUUUUAGUUAGCUGGAUGUCCACUUACCAUGGGUGUGACCAAGUUUCCCGCAGUCCCAUAAAGUUUGUUUACAGCCACCAGUCCUGGCUCUUAGUGUUCUAUGAUGUUAUUUAGCCCUCAUUUACCCCUACAUGUCUUCUAAAAGCCCAGUAAGCAGUAGAAGUGUUGAUAAUGUUGCUAGACAAUAUUGACCUCCUGUGGUUCCGCAAAUCCUCUGGUUUGGCAGCAGCAAGGUCCUCAGGAUGCCGGACUAGAGAGGCUUAACCCGUACUCAAGUGACACUGAAAUACAGCUGUACCUGCCUGGGAAGCUGGCAUCUCCAGUUAUUGCUAUGAAGUGUACCGGACAUGCUGAGAGUCAGGGACUUCCCUUCCUACUAGAGAAUGCUCUAACGAGAGAGGCCAGGAUUUGGAAGGUGCCAGUGUUUCAGAAUUUCACCCUGAAGGGCACAGAUAUCUCUCCCUCAAAUUAUGAGAAUGCAGUUCUCUGGAUUGCAGAAUUAAGCUCCCAGUUCCAAUUUUGCUCUGAAACGUUUGCCUUGGCUAUCAACAUUCUUAACCGGUUAUUGGCAUCAGUAAAGGCACAAGUAAAAUACCUUCGGUGCAUAGCAAUUACCUGCCUCGUCCUUGCAGCAAAAACCAACGAAGAAGAUGAGGUAAUGCCAUCAGUGAAGAAGCUUGCAGUGCAGAGUGGUUGUAAAUGCUCUCCAGCUGAGAUUUUGAGAAUGGAAAGAAUUAUACUAGAUAAACUUCACUGGGAUCUUUAUACAGCAACACCUAUGGAUUUCUUAAACAUUGUUAGCAGCAUCAAAUUCAUCCACUGUAAAGAGCUUGUGGAUCAGCAGCUAAUGCAUUUACAGCCAUCCAAUGCUGUUUAUAUCUUUAAUCCUGCCAACCAAGCCAUCCAAGCCCAUCCCAAGGAAAAGUUACCCAACUGUUACACUGAAGUGAAAAAUUCAAGUCGAAUACGUUCAAGAGUCACUGUGAGUCAGCCAGUUCCAGCAACUUUCCCACCUACUUCCAUCAAAAUUCAUGAAGACACCAUGGAGACAGAUGAGUUCUAUGAUGGAUUCAGGAACCUAUACAAUGAGGAUGGUGUUCCAGAUGGUGGAAGGAUCAGCAUCACUGGCUCAAUCAAUAAUCUGAGGCAAGAAGAAAGUAGUUUUCCUUGUCCUCCAUUACAGCCAGCUGAAAUUAACUAGAGGAGGCCAUAAUUGUUAGGAACUAACAAAUGCAAUUGCCAAUAGAUCAGAUGAGUGGAAUGCUAAAUACUGUCAAAUGAAAGCAUUCCUUGUUUUUGAUCGAGCAAGGCCAAAAUCAUUAAUUUGCCCUCUUUUAAUUGCAUCAUACAACAAUGGUUGCUACUUCCCCCACCAUUUUUGUAUGCUCUGAGCAUAAAACUAGGUAGAAACCUUAACGGCAAUGGAAGGCUGAAGUCAUAUAACUCAGGGAUCUAAAUUCAGCAGAUGGGGCCUAGAGGAUCUGAUGGAACCACAUUCCUUGAGCAGCUAUUAUUUAGGCUUUCUCCCAGCAUACCUGCAUUGUGACUACAGCCUUUCCACUCAGACUGGAACAUUGCUCUCCAUGACAGGCUAUUUCCAUAAUAUGAAUAGCUGUGGGUGAGUUGCCUUGUGUGGAAGGGAGCUCCCAUUGCAUGGACUAUUAGGGUCUACUGAAAUACUGGGACCAAACUUCUUAAUAGUGAAUAAAAAUGUGUUAUGAGCACAGCCUAAGCCUCACUUUAGGAACAUCCAGUUUUACUUGGGUCCUGCUCUCAAACUCAAAAGAUGCUCCCAGUACUCUGGCAUCUUUCAGAAUCAAGCCUUUAGGGACGGAGCCAGAUUCCAUUGCAACCAAUGGAAAGAAUCCCAUGGGCUUUGCAGCUGACUUCCCCAGAUUAUGUGGUGCAAGUGAAUUUUGUUCAUACUGUAGCAUGCAAACCAUCUCUCUUUUUUUCAAACUUUUCAGACAUACAUUUAAAAAAACAUUUGGUUCUUUGCCUUAACUAUCACUUGCCACUGUGAGGCCAUUAAACUGACUUCUUUUAUCUGAGAUUGGUUUAAUGCAGCUUGGCACAUUUUCUAAAGGACAAGUCCUCAUAGGGUAAUUGUUACUUUAUUUUAAAAUGGGGGCCAGCACUUAAGUGAUUUUUUUUGUAUACUAGUUUGAAAGUGUAAACAGAAGAAUACUGAAGGGAAAACAGAUUAGACCUUGAUCCUGCAAGCUGUGGCCUAGUAUGAAAGUUAGUUGCCUGCCUUCAUGAGUGCACGUAAGGCUAAGCAUGGCUCAUGAGAGUGAUGUCCCUGUCCCAUUCACUCUCAGUUGUGCCAAGGUAGAAAUGGGGUGGGCUAAGCAGAGACAUGGAUGUAAUUAUCACCCUGAAACGAAUAGAGAAUUUACCAGAACCUCACUCUAGCUUUGCAGCAGCACUCUUUUUAAUGCAGGAUGAGGUUUCCUGGCAUACCUUGUCCUGCUCAUCUCUUUUUGCUUGUCUUAUGUGAAGCAUCUCCCUCAGCUAUGUUGUGCAGUCUCAUAGCUCUUAAUAGCUGAAUUAACCGAUUUAGUUUUAGAAAUGUUCUGUUACACUGUCAACAUUUUAAGCACUGUGGCAAUGUCAUCUCUGUGAAUGUGUGCACGCGUGCAUAAGCCAGAUUUCUUUUAAACUUGCAAAAACAUGGUGCUAAAUGUACCAAAAAUUGAAUAGCAAGGAGAUGACAAUGUAAGUGAGAGGUGCAAGUAUGAGUGCAUUUGACAACCAUUGGAACAUAUGAAGGAGUUGUAUGGCAAGGCAAGGGCUACCACAAACUGAAUGCUGCAUUUGAUACUAGUUUAAACCACAGAUCUCCUUACAGAUUGAUCACGGUGGUUUGCCUGAUUGCAAUGAUGUAGUAAAUUUUGAAAUUGGGAUUAAAAACCAAUGCACUGUAUCAGAAUAGAAAACUAUUCAUAUGGCUUUCCAUGCAUCUUUAGGGCUAGUUGAUGGAGGGACUUAAUAAAUAAAUGUUAUUUAUUAAUCCUGCCUAAGUAACAUAAGGAAGGUUUUCAUUGCGUGGUAGGACCAAAAACAGAAAAAAAAAGCAGCAGCACCUUCCUAUUUCUAUCACAAACUGUGACUUGACUGCCUGAUUUUUAGAGGCAAGUUAUCUUUUGUAGUUUUCAUUAAAUAAAAUAUAAUCUAAA